CUCCAAUUUAUCUCCUAGGUACACAGCCCUUGGAGUUCAGAGGCCUCUGCUGACCUCUGCCCAACCUCUCUCUCUCUCUCUCUCUCUCUCUCUCUCUCUCUCUCUCUGUCACUCUGCGCCCAAGCCCCCACUGGUACAUACAGGCACAGAGGCAGGCAAGUCAGGCAAGGACUAGGAAAGAGGAGAGGGGGCUGGAUACAGGCUGCCAGAGGGCUCAGAAGCCCAGUGCACCUCCCUGUCCCAACUCUGUCCACCUGCUGCUGUGGCCACAGCAACAGAAGAGAUAGCUAGUAAGGCAGGAGUGAGGCCCAGUACCUUGUGGACAGUGGUGUCAUUAGCUGUGAUGCCUAAGAUGUCUCGAGAGAUGGAAGAGCUCACCCAAACCAGGUUGCAGAAGAUCUGGAUUCCACAUAGCAAUGGCAGCAGCGGGCUACAACGGAGGAGAGGCUGUAAGUGUGAUUUGCUUCCAUGGGUCUCAAGGUGGUGGUGGUUUUUCACUAUUACUGAUGACAAAGUUUCCCUGCUUUCAGUGUUUAAUUUAGGCCAGUACCGACGAGAGGCAGUGAGCUACAAGAACUAUGAAUUCUUCCUUCCAGACAACAUGGAGGCCCUACUUAUCAGGAAGCAGUGUGCCCUGGCAGCCCUGAAAGAUGUCCAUAACUAUCUCAGCCGUGAGGAAGGUCAUGUUGCGGUUUUUGAUGCCACCAACACUACUAGAGAACGACGGUCACUAAUUCUGCAGUUUGCGAAAGAACAUGGUUACAAGGUCUUUUUCAUUGAGUCCAUCUGCAAUGACCCUGGCAUCAUUGCAGAAAACAUCAGGCAAGUAAAACUUGGAAGCCCUGAUUACAUAGACUGUGACCGGGAAAAGGUUCUGGAAGACUUUCUAAAGAGAAUUGAGUGCUAUGAGAUCAACUACCAACCUUUGGAUGAUGAACUGGACAGCCACCUCUCCUACAUCAAGAUCUUCGAUGUGGGCACACGCUACAUGGUGAACCGAGUGCAAGACCACAUCCAGAGCCGCACAGUCUACUAUCUCAUGAACAUCCAUGUCACACCCCGCUCCAUCUACCUAUGCCGGCAUGGUGAGAGUGAACUCAACCUCAGAGGCCGCAUUGGAGGUGACUCUGGUCUCUCAGCUCGGGGCAAGCAGUAUGCUUAUGCCCUGGCCAAUUUCAUUCAGUCCCAGGGCAUCAGCUCCCUGAAGGUGUGGACAAGCCACAUGAAGAGGACUAUCCAGACAGCUGAGGCCCUGGGUGUUCCUUAUGAGCAGUGGAAGGCCCUGAACGAAAUUGAUGCGGGUGUCUGUGAGGAGAUGACCUAUGAAGAAAUCCAGGAACAUUACCCUGAGGAAUUUGCACUACGGGACCAAGAUAAAUAUCGCUACCGCUAUCCCAAGGGAGAGUCCUAUGAGGAUCUGGUUCAGCGUCUGGAGCCAGUUAUAAUGGAGCUAGAACGGCAGGAAAAUGUACUGGUGAUCUGCCACCAGGCUGUCAUGCGGUGCCUCCUGGCCUACUUCUUGGAUAAGAGCUCAGAUGAGUUGCCAUAUCUCAAGUGUCCUUUGCACACAGUGCUUAAACUCACACCUGUGGCUUAUGGCUGCAAAGUGGAGUCCAUCUACCUGAAUGUGGAAGCUGUAAACACACACCGGGAGAAACCUGAGAAUGUGGACAUCACCCGAGAACCUGAGGAAGCCCUGGACACUGUCCCUGCCCAUUACUGAGCCCUUUCCAAGAAGUCAAACUGCCUUUGUCUCCACUGUUUCCCACCUUUAAGUGCUGCUUACCUUGCACUUCUCUUACCUCAAGACGCUGGACUUGGUCUUACUAGAAGACCCCUGCUUCUAGUGAAGAAGCCCUCAGCAUCUCCAAAACAGGCCUCAAUUUCCAGCUACAACCAAGGAGCUGUCUAGUUAUGAAUGAAGCUUUUUCUUUCUUAAUUCCUAGUUCCUUAUCAAUAAAGCCUUCUCUUG